AUGGCACUGGUGCUACCCGACGACGACUACGACGGUUUUGAGGCGCUUGACGCCGCGCUGAGCUUCGUGGAUGCCUAUAUUUCGAUCCCGUCGUUCGAGCUGCCGACUCCGCUGGCGCCACUGAAGGCCAAUUUCAGAGCUCCGGACGUCGCUAACGUGAAAGAGAAUGGACGAUUUCGAGUCGCGGGUGGCUGUAGAAAAUCACAUUGUCAAGCAGCGCUCGACACAGAGAAAAAUAAGCCAAAGAAACGUAUCAAGGUGAACCCGAAUCGGGCGCGUAAUGAACGCAAGAAUGAGCUAGCCUACUUGCGCAACAAGGUCAAGCAAAUGGAGACGGAGCUGGGCGAGCACAUCCCGCUCACUGCUUCCAACAACCCUGAUAUCCCUCCUUUUUGGAAAGACAUGGCUACGCGGCAGAAGCUGCGGCGAGAGAAAGCCGAACGCGAGAAUGCACGUCUAAAGCUCGUUCUCGAGGGUCAGAUAAAAGCCCGAAGCUUGGAAGCACUUCUUCAAAAGCGGGUACGGCAGCAGGUUUCCGAGUGCGCAGGCCACCUAGGUAAGGUAGGAGACCAGGGCCGCACGUUGGAUUUUUUGGCGGACAAGAGCACCUUUGAUGCACUGCUGACUAGUGUAGACGCCGCCUUUCACGAGGUGGAUCAAGUGUUUGCUACCAAUGGGCUAAUCAGCAACGAGACAUCAAGUCAUGACGCUCGCAUGCGUGAAGGCGCCAACGGCAUGUACCUCGACAUCAGCAGCACCAAGCUGCUACCGUUUAGCCAAGAUACAGUAGGUGCGACCGUGUGGAGCCACUUUAAUAGCACAGAGAAGCACCGCGGUAACUUGUAUGAAAAGGCUGUCAAAAAGCUUGACACCAAAGACGACACGGUGAUGGAGGAUUUUAAGAUGGAGUUUUUGGGAAAAUCUACGCGAGCAGACUUCCGGGUGAAGCAGGUGCUGCGUCGUUACAACGAGGCUGAGCGCCAGGUUGUGGUGUGGGUCACGAGUGUACACUCCCUAGACGAGGGAAAGACUCGGCCAUUUGCGGGGCUCGGCUUUGCGGAGAAAGGGUACGCUGUCAUUAAGCAGCCGACAUCGCCAGCGCUGCUGAAGGCCGGGUUCACCGUUUUGCAGAUGUGCAGUCUCGUCGUUCCUCAGAAAGCCGAGAGCUGUAUCGGUGAUGCCACGUCCGUUGGUGCUUUCACUGAGUUCGUGCUGAAUGUCAUUGUCGCAAACACCACCGUCAGUCAGGAGAGGAUUGAGAAUAUGCUGCUGGACCAGGCCCUCAAGGGGGCCCCUCCGCCAUAA